AUGUGGUCAAAGUUCGUCGGUCAACUGAGAAAUUCUAACGGGCAACCACCUCUGGCUGGCUUUUUUGGUGCGUCGCCUCCAGUCUCCCCACAAAUCAAUUCACCAGACAAGCCAUUUGUCCGCCGACGUUCCAUGUUAAACUCUCCAAAAAGCCCACGCGUAACUGAAGCGAAACGACGAAGUAGCAUACUAUUUGGCCAACGCAGAGAAUUAUUUAUUGAUUGCAUGAAGAAGUUUUGUGAUAUAUAUGUUGAAUAUCCGGAAAUUGUUGGAGAAAGCUUAGAAAACGUAACAACAUUCACUGAUAUAGUAUCAAAACACUUGGCAAGCACAAUAAAAUCUAUUGUGAUUCCUGGAUCGCAAGCGGAGACAAACAAGGCGAUUAUGCGGAUGUUCGCUUCCAAACAGCAGCUAUUUUAUCCGUUAAUGGCUCUUAAUUUAUUAUGUAAUGGUCCUAAUUAUUUGUUGGAAACAAUGAAAGAGAACGAGCUUCCUGCUAUAUUAAUAAGAACGUACAGUUCAUUUACGACACUGCCGUCGCAUCCAAGUUGGAAUCUAAUCGAAUUGUAUAGGGGAGGAACUGAAAGAGCUAUUCAGGGUGUGGCUCCAGCUGGCGUAGUAGCAGACAUUCUUACCGAUAUACUUGUUCACUUUGUCACCAAAUCAUCUGUUCUAAAGUACUACAUGGAAAAGGAUAUACUAUUUUUGCUUGUAAAAAUGAUAUUGGAUGCUGAAGAUGACCCGUUAAAAAACAAAGAGGAUUAUUUCUGGCAGGACAAAGCAUUGGAGAUUCUCACCGAAUUAUUUUCCUCUGACGCUGUUAAUGGAGCUCUUGUAACAUAUUUUGAAAGGAAAGAUAUUAUUGCCAAGCUAAUUGGAGUUGUAAGAGAUGGCAUAGACAGAGAUAGAACUCAAUGCAUCGCAAGCCAAAAACAACUACUUGCUGCUUCUUUGUUAAUUGAAUCAAUACAGGGUACUGUUGAAGCCUCUACUAUUUUUUUGGAUAAGUUUGUUGAAUUGAAUGGUUAUGAUUUGUUCUAUCAACUGCUCAUAUUACCGCCUUAUGAGGGAAAGUCUUUAGCAGUAAAGGGCGCAUUUAUAGGCUUUGUAGAAGACCUUGUGUUUGCCGGAGUCGAUGAUUCGAGCCUAAUGGUGUCUACAACAUCUCCAUAUCAGCACGAUGACUUUACAUUACCCGAAAGCCAGCAAGACAACGGUACAUUGGUUCGGAAUGCCACUGCUAUGCAGAUUUUGACAUCGAUUGUUCUUUAUCCUGAGAAUAUUCCACAAUCGUUCAACAGAAAGGGACUAGUUGAUACUUCGUAUGCCUUACCGGACAGCUAUCGAAUGAAGGCUGUUACUGCAGUAGCAGAAGUUCUUAAAUCAAAUCCAUUAAACUUUUUUCUGACCGAAUCUUUGAACUUUUUGCCGACUUUUAUUGAGCAAUUGGAUCGAUUCUCCUCAGAUCUUCAGGCAGCAAUUGUUGAUUUGUUGAUAUACGUUAUGGUCGAACUGAAUUACGUUCCCUUUAGAGAAUUAAUUGUAUUGUCGCUUCAUUUCCAGGGCCACUCAUCAAAAGACACAACAGCCACUGUGUGUCAUGCAGUGAUUUCAUUGUUGCGAACCUCGCAUAAGUUUCAAGAUAUGUUUCGCGAAAUCGGUCUUCUCAACAUGUUAUGUAAUUUAAUACAAGAAUUGGCUGUCACUCUAAAGGACAAAUUUGGUGAUACACAUUUCCAAAGACGGAUAUCGAUAUCCAAUAUAAGCGAUAUAACAAGUAAUCAGAAGGAAAUCGACAAGCGAAAUUCACGCUUUAGUCCAGAUGUAGUUGAUAACUUUCAAUUAAUUUCAGAGUGCUUGGUGGAUUUACUACGAGGAAACAAGACGAACAUUUCGCUUUUUGGAACUACAUAUAAGGGAAAUUUAUUUGAUUUAUUACACUACGAUGAAACACGCGCUGGCGCUUUGGCAACAUUCGAAGUAUUGGUUGUUGACGGCCAUCGACUGUCCACAGCGGAAACGUCGACUUCUCAAUUAACUUCUAGGUCUUCAGUAUCGUCUACUUCCGCGGUUGAACACUCUUUCCAAUUCGGUAGAUUGAUCGAAAUUGUGCAGACACUCAAUCGAUUUGAUCUGAAUAUGAAAAUACAUAUACUGUUAUCGAUGAAACGCAUUCUUGUGGCUUGUCCUGCUAUGAAAGAUGUAUUCCGUGAUGCUGGAGGUUUUGUUUGCUUGGUCAGCUUGCUCGUUAGUCUGGAAGAUGUUUAUGAUCAACUAGCUAAACAAAAAUCUGAUACUAAAGAUACGAAAGGAAACAACGUUAGCAUCGAGGAAGAGUUACCUACUAAACAGCAAACCGUCGAUACGCUUCGUGCUAUAUUCGUUGUAUUCGCUGAAGCCCUUUCGGGUCACGAGUACAAUCGAAGAUUUUUUUGCGAGUCUAUUGGGUUUAAGUCUGUAGAAGAUGCUAUCCGUCUCACCAAUAUCUUGGGUCCUCAAGGUUCUGCUGAAAAUUUGUUUGGGAUAUUAUUUGGUUUUGCGAUAGAGAACGAAUCGUUGAGCAAUAUUUUCAUUGAGAGAACACCCAUUGAUGACCGUCCUCCUGAGCAUAAAAAUCGAGACGACCCUCACGACAGUAGAAUUAUCGAGGCUUUUGGAAACAUUACCGAUGAAAUUCAGAAUCCCGAAGUGAUACCGACCAUUCUCCGAUUACAGACUUUUGUCAGGUAUAACGAGCAAUUAACGCACAAUAUUUACGAAGCUCUUCUGGCUCUUGCAUUUGCCAAUAGACGCAAUCAAGUUUCUAUGAAUCAAUGCGGAGUUCUUGAAAUGGUCCUGCGUCGACUCUUCUAUACGUCAGAAACUGUUAAUGAGGGAGGGCGUGAAGUUGUUUUUGAGCCAAACGCAAAAGAACGACUGAUGCUCACACGUCUGGCACAAAGACUUGUAGAGAUGGGCGUUUCGACUACGGAAAUUCGCUUUUUGUUUGAACAACUCGAAAAUGGACAACAGAAAUCUGAAAAAAUUUUUGUGGACGUGGAUGGGUCUCCCAUGUCACUAAUGGAUAUGGUCCUUUAUGGAGUUCAGAGAAGUCGAUGGCCGCGUUUUGUGCAAUUUGAUAUGAAUCCGGUUGGAUUUUCAUGUCUGGAAAUGUCUCGGUUAACGGAUAGGCAGUUUCCACCAAGUAGUGGUGGAUAUUGUUUUAUGACUUGGUUGGACAUUGAAAACUUUGAUCCGCUUAUAAAUUUGAUCAUCCUCGGCCUAAGUGAUGAUGAGAAAAAAUGUUAUUUACAUGUCUUCAUCGACACCCAAACUAAGAAACUCACAGUACAGACUUCACCAAAGCAUGCUAUUCGUCUUGAAGGGUUUGAAUUUCGUUCGGGAUGUUGGUAUCAUAUCGCUUUAGUUCAUCAUAGACCUCGUCUUGCAUCAACCUCCACUUUGUCUUUAUAUGUUGAUGGAAAAUUUAUAGAGGCCGUAAGGUGUCCUUACUUGGGUCAGCCGGCACCUAAUAAAGCGAUCCGGACAUUUUUGGGUACGCCACCUGAUGUUGCUCGACAGUUGGGUAAGACUAAUUUCACUCUCGCUUGGGAUAUGGGACCAACUUAUCUAUUCGAAGAAGAUGUCGAUGGAGACGUAAUCAGUGUGUUUUAUCAUUUGGGUCCUCGCUACACGGCCAAUUUCCAGGCUUCUCUAGGUCAAUUUCAGACGUAUCAAACGUCGACGCUACUCAACAUGCGAAUUGAUGCUUUGAGUCAUAAGCGCAAAGAUACGGGAACAGAACUAGAUAAUCUGGCCAUGGUGAAUGCGAUACGCGGUAAUAACAGCCAGACGUUGCCCGAAGAGAAAAUAGUGUUUGCAUUCUCUGCAGGGAAUAUAUUAGUAUCUGGUCAGAAUCUCGGUAUCACCGGUGCUGGUCUCUCUGAAAGCACUAUACAAACUUUGACCAUAGGCUCGGUAAACAGAAAGCUCAUAAUUAACGCCGCCGUACCAAAAAUAGAACGUGCGCUCAGAGUCGGGCACGGGACGGCUUAUUUGAAGGGUGAUCCAAUCAUAGCAACUCCUCAUGGGAUGGAUGAUUCGGUUUGGAAGAUUGGUGGUUCUGCUGUGGUCUUGAGGUUAAUUGAAAGAGCAGAAACGACGAAAGAAUUAUACAAGGCAGUUUGUAUUCUUAUCGAGCUUAUUAGAUUCAGUUGGCGUAAUUCGGAAGACAUGGAAAGGAUCCAUGGUUAUGAAAUACUGGCGUAUUUACUUAGACAGAAGCAAGAAUUAUUAACGCUAGAGCUAUUGAACGUCCUGUUAGUCUUUGUUGGAUUAAACCCAGUUAAUCCAGCCGAUUCAGUCAUCAUCAAUCCGUUGGCUUACCGAUAUCUCAUGCUCGAUUUUGAGCUAUGGAAAAAUGCCGACGAGAUUGUUCAGAAAGCACACCUUCAGCAAUUUGCUACGUUUAUUGAGUUAAGUCAGCAUCACCAAUUCAAUGCUAAAAGACUGAAUAAAAUGCAUGUCGUCAAGAAGAUGUUGGUAGCUUUGAAGAUAAACGUAUACUCUAACGAAUUGUUGAAUGAGUUCAUAUCUAUAUUAAAAAUUGUAAUCAAGCACAAUUUCACGACCGAAGUUGUUAGAUCAAUUGCCACGUUCCUAGUGUCUUCGUUAAACAGACCAUCGCCAACUCGUAGAAAUACCCGUCGUGAUCCUCUCAUCAAACGCAGUGCGACAGUCAGCGUACACAAAGCAAAUAAUACCAGCAAAGCGUUACCAAAGACUAUAAUCACAAACGUGAAGACUCUCGAAGUAGAGGCACCAGCACGCAAAGUUGGAAAUCUGUUGAUGGAAAUGCUCGCAGACAUUAUAUGCGAUAAAUUGAACCCAUUCUUUGCCAAUAAAUUUUCUGUAACGAUAACUAACAAAUGGCCAUUACUAUUCUUUGACGAGGCCUCAAAUCCGUUUUGGGUUGUUUGUGCAGCUCGAAUUUUAGCCAGGCUUUUCUAUACGCAAGGACCAAGUUACAUAUCAAAAUUUCGAACUUCAUCAGAUGGGUUUGUCGUUAUGCAAAAACUUCUUCCAAAGUGGUGGUAUCUGACGCAGCUACAGCAAGCGUUAUUUGCCAUGUUGUUUGGUAUAGACAUUUGUGAUAUUCCAAUGGAGGCGCCGUUUGAUCUAUUCACACUAUUGACGCAGUUCGGUCCAAAAGCUAAUAGAUCUGGUGGACAAACAGUUAUCGUUUGUCCUGAUAUGAUGCCUAUUAUAUUACUUAUUAUGAAAGAAGGCGUUAAUACAGUAGUCCGGCUCAGCCAAGAGGCAGAAAAAGAUCUGAAUGCAAGGGGUAGAACGCGUGAUGAUACAGCAAUUCAGAAGGAUAAGCGAGAAGAAAAAAUGAGAAAACGACAGUCGCGAUCUCUUACGCGAGAAUUUGAAGCAGUCAUGGGGAAAAUGUCGGGUUUUCUUGCAGCUGAACGAGAAAGGGAAGCUGGAAAAGAAAGCUUGUCGAAGUUAUCCCAUGUCGAGCAAACUCUAGUGCAUUUUCUUGCGGAUAUGAAUUCCAAUUGGCACGAGUUCAGUGAAUUUUGUUCAAGAAAUGAAACUCUUGAUGGUCUAAUCGAUAUACUCUUUCCCAUCGUCUGCGCAUCGGAAGAAUUACCAAUUGAGUCAGAGUUAUUUUCUAAGGAUACGGCGUUGUCGUUUGGUGUAGACGUAUCCCUCGAGAGCAGUAACAUAUAUAGUCUAAUUCCUAUCUUAUCGAAUAUCGGGCAACAAAACAUACAAACGAACAAUGAUGAGUCUGGUGAGGAGAUGACAACCUUUUCAAGUGGAACUCAAUUAUUGGUGACAGCCGAACCGAUAAAUGUGGACUCUCUUGGCAUUCCGCUUAGCACAAGCCCUAUAACAAGCGAUGUAGAGGAGGUAUCGAAGCCACAACCACGUAGAAAAUCAACUAGAGAUUCUAUAAAGAAAGAAUCUGAUUAUACUGCUUUGAAGAACGCUACAGUCGAAGGUCUUUUGGAGUUUGUGGUAUCUAUUUGCGUUAAUUCAAUAGUCGAUGUUAAAGCGAAAUCUCUCAGCGCACUAGAGACUGUGUUUAAAUCGUUCCCACCAGCCAAUUUAGAUAACCAGAUACAUUUUGCAAGCUAUGUAUUUAAUCAUGUAAUCGGAAGUUUGAAGAGCACUCUACAGUUGGAUAGAAAUUUGCUAUUAGAUUCACGUGUUGUUACAAAUACUGCUAAAUUUAUUCAUCUUGCGGUGGAUGCCAUAUAUCAAGGUUGGUUCGUCAAUGGACGUAACCAAAUUCUUGACUUUAUUACAGUUGUUCUAGAGAACAUACAACGUCUUGACGACGCAAGCGGUAGAGUCCGUGUGAAUGAUACUACCAUAACAGCGAUAUACCGUUCUCUUAAUCGAGUGGUUUUAUUCCGAAUGGCCGGAAUUGAUAACGUGUCCGGGGAUAGCACGCACAUAAAUGAUUUACUUGAGAAAAUUAUGUACCAUCAAAAAGUAAUAUUUAGUCAUCACAAUACGGAUAUUGAUUUUCUCAAAUCUAUCUGUUAUCAUCUGUACAAAUGCUUGUUACAUGAGGAUCAGAACGUGAAGAGGACUUCGAUGAGUGUUUGGAAGUUAUUGAUGCUGCAAAAGCCGGUAGAGAUGUCAGGUAUAUUGAAGACUAGAAUAAAAGGAAUAGAGUACAAGGAACUUGUAGAAGGAUUUGCUAAACUUUUGGAAACAAAGGAACUUAAUUCGUUUCUGGAAUGGAUUGGUACCCGUCGUGAGCAGUUAGAUGCGUUAUUCCUGGAUAACAUCUAUAAAACUUGGGAGAAUAUUAUAAUGUCAGAAGUGAAGACGGGCAGAGAUAUGAUAAAAAACGCCCAUACCAAACGUAUGACCAAACUCAAGCGACUCUAUAGGAAAUCCUCCAGCGAGCAAGAUUUCUUCAACCAAUACAGAAUCAAAACAAACCAAUGGGCGAAAAAUAUCCAGGAAUUGGAAACAAGUCGCUAUUAUAAAAAUCUUCAAGAUCAUGUGGAUCAUGACAAUUAUGUGAGGGCGGAGUGGUCCAAGACGUCUGCUGACUUAUUUAGAGAACGUGCUUUAUGGGGUCCUAAGACGGAUGAGGGCAACGUGAGGUGGAGGUUAGAUUUUACCGAAGGGAAAUGCCGAAUGCGAAAGAAGUUGGAAACCAACGAUGAAAUACAGAUUUACUCUUAUAGACCAAAGAGCAGUAAAAAUGCGGAUGACGCCAAUAAUUCAAAGCCUUCAACUGUUACUACAAUUAACACUUCUAAAGUAACUAGAUUCAGUAAAAAACAAACUCUCGAUGUACCACUGAGCCACUCAAAACGAGGAAAAGUCCCUCUGGAACGCAAAAUGACAUUGACGCCUCGUCCUAGUGAUUUGGAAAACACACCAGCUCAACAAUCCAACGCAGAUGAGUCAGACAUCUUCAACAUAAGUCGGAUCAUGGGACUGGAUGCCUGUGAGGGCUUGUUAUUACUCUGCAAACAGAACUUAUAUUUGAUGGAUAAUUAUUUUCAAAGAUCUGAUGGAGAAAUUGUUGAUGUUUGGGAUGCACCCACCGAGGAAAGAGAUCAAUAUUUGCAAAUGAUUGCAUCGCACGCCAGUUAUGGUAAUCAACCAGGCAAUGGUCCAAAGAAGGAUAAACAUCAAAGCCGCCGAUGGACGUUCGAAGAUAUUAAAGAAGUUCAUAAAAGGAAAUUUUUAUUCAGAGAUGUUGCUCUGGAAAUCUUCUUCAAUGAUGGGCGCAAUUAUCUUAUCACCUUCAAUCUCAAAGAACGUGACGUCGCUUACAGCAAAUUAGUAGCGCGUGCUACAUUCUCCAUCAGUGCGACAGAGUCUGUCAUGGGCACAACCAGUAUCGACGCAAAAACGCCAGUUUCUCCGUUGCAGAUCGGGCCAACAACCGGAUUAAUGUCCAUAUUUCCAAAUUUCUUUGCUAACUCCUCAUUGACUGAAUUGACACAACGGUGGGAGAGGAGAGAAAUUAGCAAUUUUCAAUAUCUGAUGCACUUGAACACGCUUGCUGGGAGGUCUUAUAAUGAUCUUACGCAAUAUCCCGUCUUUCCUUGGAUUCUUGCUGAUUACACGAGUGAAGAGCUUGACUUAACCAAGCCCGAAACGUUCCGUGACUUCUCCAAGCCCAUGGGAGCUCAAACACCGGAGCGUCAGAAGGAAUUCCAAAUCAGAUAUCGCUCCUGGGAUCCAACAAUCAAUGGAACGACUCCGGCCUUUCACUAUGGCACCCAUUACUCAUCUGCGAUGAUCGUUUGUUCUUAUUUAAUACGACUCGAACCAUUCACACAACAGUAUCUUAAGCUUCAAGGCGGACAUUUUGACCAUGCAGAUCGAUUAUUCCAUUCGAUUGGCAAAGCAUGGCUAUCUGCUUCACGAGAGAAUAUGAGCGAUGUUAGAGAGUUAAUUCCAGAAUUCUUUUAUCUCCCAGAGUUUUUGGAGAACACGAACAAGUUCAACUUCGGUGUCAAACAAGCGAGUGGAGAAGUCAUUGAUUCAGUGAUUCUUCCACCAUGGGCGAAAGGAGACCCACGAGUAUUUAUUCAUAAGCACCGUGAGGCUCUUGAAUGCGAUUAUAUUAGUGCCCACUUGAACGAAUGGAUUGAUCUUGCCUUUGGAUAUAAACAACAAGGACAAGCAGCUAUUGAUGCUGUAAACGUAUUUCAUCACUUGUCAUACGAUGGAGCUGUUGAUCUUGACUCGAUAACUGAUCCAGUUGAGAGGUCAGCGUCAACCGGAAUAAUCCAUAAUUUUGGUCAGACUCCACGGCAACUGUUUACGAAGCCACAUCCACCGCGUUUGCCCGCAACAUCUGAUUCUGCUAGUGGCAAUGGUCUCUAUAGCUUCUAUGAACACGUUGACAAGCUUAUUCAGUCAAUUACCCCCGUUCAAGAUAUUCGACUACAAGUUCACGAUAUUCGAUUGUCUAACGAUCGAUUGGUGUCUGUGAGUACACAAAAAAUCCUCGUGCCUCCAAACUAUAAUUACUAUGUCGAAUGGGGAUAUGCAGACAAUAGUCUUCGGCUGCAUCAAACAGACACAAAGAGGAUGGUUGGUUUAUAUGAGAAUCUUCACUUGGAGACCAUAAGCUGCGCUUCAUUCGCAGAUGGACAAACUUUUGUCACAGGAGGAACCGAUGCGGUUGUCUGUAUAUGGAGAUUUAAUUGGCAAUCAAAGACAGCACGACUUCAUUUCUUAGAGUGUUUGCGCGGUCAUUCUGCUAAAGUCAAUUGCUUUGCUACUUCCCGUUCAUAUAGUAUUAUUGUCAGUGGAUCUGAUGAUAAGUCUUGUAUCAUAUGGGAUCUGAAUAGAAUGAAAUAUGUUAGGCAGCUGAAGGGACAUGAAACUGGGAUACAGUACAUAGCAAUAAACGACACGACUGGCGAUAUUGCAACUUGUUCCGGCUCAACGAUACGGAUAUGGGGAAUCAAUGGAGACUUAAUAGUUACCAAGUCAAUAUCAAGCGUGUCUGGGCCUAUCACAUGUUGUACUUUCUACGAGGGCAAGAGUAAUGAAUGGUUCAUACAUGAUAUGAUUCUAACGGGUCACAAGAAAGGAAUCAUAAAGGUCUGGCACAGGAGGCUUGAAGAGAAAAUAGAAAAUGACAAGAAAGUAUGGCGAUGGGACCUUACGCCUCGACAUCAUUUACAGCACGAGAGUAGGCUCGGUAUUAUUCAGCCAGGAGAUGUUACCGUCUUACAUGCAUCAGGCGGAUGUAGCAACGGUAAAGUGUUUGCAUGGGUUUUACCCGACGUUAAGUCGGAUGGUCACUGGAUGUCAGACAGCACCAGCGAUAACUGUUUGAAAUGUGGAAUGAAAUUCGCCGUUCUCGAACGUAAGUUACACUGUAAAGCAUGCGGUGGUAUCUUUUGCUCUGCGUGUACUUUUAAUGCCAUAGACAAAAACUCCCGAUAUUGCGAAUACUGUUGUCAGAAAUUAGGUAUACAAUAUACGUUAUAA